GCAUGUAAAACACAAUCGUUUGUGUCUCGCUAGUGCUCAGUACUGAGUGGGUUUCUUUGUGGACACUUUCUUUACAGGGAAUUUAAGUGUUUUUUUAUUCAUGCAUAAUGGAGACUAGGAAGUUUUGGAUGCUGUUUUGCCUUCUCCUGGUUGUGCACUGCUCGCUUCAGCAGACCUCCACCAAGAAAAGAAAUGGCAAGAAAGAUUCUGCAACUAAUGCUGCAAUUGAGGAGCUUCAGAAACAGAUUAAUGACAUUGUUCAGGAGCUGAAUUUAUUGAAAGAACAGCAAGCUUUACAAACAGUUUGUCUAAAAGGUACAAAGAUCCUUGGCAAGUGUUUCCUGGCUAAUCCGGUAAAGAAGACCUUCCAUGCAGCCAGCGAUGACUGCCUUGCCAAAGGAGGCAGCCUGAGCACCCCGCUGACAGUAGACGAGAACGACCAGCUCUACAGCUAUGUACGCCAGAGCAUCGGCCCUGAGGAGCAAAUCUGGCUGGGGAUCAAUGACAUGGUGACCGAGGGCCACUGGGUGGACCAGUCGGGCUCCAAUGUACGCUUCAAGAACUGGGAGACAGAAAUCACCCUGCAGCCUGACGGAGGCCACGGCCAGAACUGUGCUGUUCUCUCCACCACAGCCAAUGGGAAGUGGUUUGAUGAGAGCUGCAGAGUUGAAAAGUCUUCAGUGUGUGAGUUCAACAUUGUCUGAGAGCUGUGCUUUUGCUCUGUUGUUAAAUCUUUGACUGUGGUAUAUAGGCACUAGCAUGCUAUCAGGUACACUUACUGUCAUGCAUCUUAAUUCAGUUAAAAUUUUCCUCAAACAAAAUCUUUCAUGUUAGCCUGGAACAGAACAGCAUGAUGUGUUAUAUAAAUUCAAUAAAGUCAAAAAGGUUUAUACAUUCACUGCUCAGUUUUUUUUUCUUUCGUACUGCGUAUAAUUUAUUAUGUGAUGUUGACGAACAGGUUGCGAGGAGGUGUGGUGGUUAGCAAGGUCACUGGUUCAAGCUUCAGCUGGGGAGGGGUUCGAACAGUGGCUUUCUGUGUGGAGUUUGUAUGUUCUCCCUGGGUAUGCGUGGGUUCUCCCACCGUCCAAAGACAUGCAUGCUUAGUUAAUUGGCCACUCUAAAUUCUCGCAAGGAGUGAGUGGGAGAGUUUUUUGUCUGUGUUGACCCUACAGUGGCCUGGCUUCCUGGCCAGGGUGUACCCUGCCUCUUGUCUGCUAAUU